AUGUCGCAGGUACCACCAUUCAAGCCGCCCCUGGGCAACAACCCUACCCAUUUCGACGCGGCCAUGGCUUGGACUCAGUUCUUGCGCGCCCAAACAGCGGUGGAACAGGAAGGGGAGAUACCCUUGGUCCAAGACUUCAGCAAGCAGCGGGAUAGGGGUUACGCACGUGGCAUCCGAAAGGAAACCAAUUUGACGGCAUUUCUAGGACGCCGAGGUUUCGUCCUCAUCGACCACUUCGACGGCGAAAUCACCUCGGUCACGGCGCAGAUACACAAUCCAACUGGGCCUGAAUUCAACCCCAAGGAUCCCUACGGUAGCCUGGAGUACCCUGUGAUGGUCUUAGCCCACUGCUCCAUGAUCCACGGAGCGGCCACAGCCAUGGGGGGAUUGUGCCACGGGAACUGGUGGAUGCAAGAAAGCAAUGUGCCCAUCCUCACGCCCGUCUGCAACUGUCAGGCAAGGCAAAUUGGGCAGGACAUCCACUCCAUGCCGCUUUUUAGCUCCAUAUACGACGCCAUUUGGCAAACCUAUGCCGCCCAAGACCUCAUGGACGAUUACUGGCGGCUGAAGACACUUGAGCAACAGUACGGGGAGUUGUUCACGCGUAUCACGUCGCUUGCACUCAACGACCCUGGCAACCACGGUCUCGCCGACCUUGCGUGGUACCAGCAGUUGUUGGCAGAGAUACGGCAGCUUCUAGGCAUCUCCCUCCCCAACCAGCCGAGCAUCCAGGCUCCCCCCAACCGGCCGACCAUCCAGGUCCCCCCCAACCAGCCAAGUAUCCAGGCUCCCCCCAACCAGCCGACCGUCCAGGCUCCCCCCAACCAGCCGACCAUCCAAGUUCCCCCCAACCAGCCGACCAUCUACGUUCCCCCCAACCACGCGGGCCCGAGCUACAGCCACGCGGGCCUGAGCUACAGCCAGGUGGUCUCCGGCUUGAAUCCCGCGGCGAAUGCCUUCACAAGCCGCGGACCACCCGGACUCAGCAGACCACCCGGAUUCAGCGGUCCACCUAGAUUCAGCGGUCAACCUGAAUUCAGCGGUCCACCUAGAUUCGGCGAAUCAGCGGUCCACCCGGACCAAGCAGACCACCCGGACUCACUGGGACUCAGGGAUCCAGCACCCCGGGAUCGGGGGCUCCCGAGGGGCAGUUGGAUAACAGUGACACGAGAACAUCCGCGGGCCCUUCAGGAGAAAAUGUAUCUCAUGGGCAAACGCCAAACCCUCCAGGCGGAAAUGCAGGGCCGUCAGGGGGAUACGCGAUGA